CCUGUCGCCUCCGCUAUCCCAACUUGCGGCGUUCCGUGCAUUCAAUCCGCCGCGUCAUCCGUUGGUUGUGGCGGAACUGAUUAUUCGUGCCGAUGCACUAAUUCUGCUGCUAUUCAAAACGGUGCGCUUGGGUGCGUAGUAGGCAAUUGUGGAAUUGCGACGGCGCUGCAGGUACAAGCUAGCGCAAGUGCGGUUUGU